ACCAAGCUUCCUUUUCCGGUUGGUCUUUGACUGAAGAGGUUCACUCGUCAGUUCUCGGUAGAGUAAAAUUUUCUAAAAAUGACGAAAAAACGCCGUAAUGGAGGUCGCUGCAAGCACAACCGUGGUCAUGUAAAGCCCGUAAGAUGCACAAAUUGUGCCCGUUGUGUCCCAAAAGACAAGGCAAUCAAGAAAUUUGUUAUUCGUAACAUUGUUGAAGCUGCUGCCGUAAGGGAUAUCUCCGAAGCAUCCAUCUGGGAGACUUACGUUCUACCAAAAUUGUAUGCAAAGUUGCACUACUGUGUAUCGUGCGCCAUUCACUCGAAAGUCGUCCGCAACAGAUCCAAGACAGCCAGACGUAUUCGUACUCCACCUGUAAGGACUUUCCCCAAGGAUAUGCAGCGUCAAAAUAACAAUCAAAACAGAAAGUAGAAAAG